UCGGUCGAUGAAAUAAUUUACCGAUUGAGUGGUUGACAAAAAUAUUUCCUUUACUUUCUACCGAGCUACUUACACUCGUCUUCAUGAAAACACUACACAAAUGGCGUCGACCAUAGUUGCCCUCAUAUAUUAAAAAUAUACACAAUAUUUGUGGUUAAACUUGUUCACACAUUACCGGAUUUAUAAAUUAUAUUGUAAAUUAUACAAUAAUUUUUUAUGUAUUAUAAUAAUACUUCUAAUUAAAUAAAAGUGUUAAAAUGGGAGUACCAGCAUUCUUUCGUUGGUUAAGCCGUAAAUAUCCAUCCGUAAUUAUUGAGUGCAUUGAACAAAAGCCGAUAAAUGCUGAUGGUGUACAAGUGCCGAUAAACACAACAGAACCAAAUCCUAAUGGAGUUGAAUUUGAUAAUUUAUACUUGGAUAUGAAUGGUAUCAUUCAUCCUUGUACACAUCCUGAAGAUAAACCAGCACCUAAAAAUGAGGACGAAAUGAUGGAAGCUAUUUUUGAGUGCAUUGACCGACUAUUUCGUAUCGUAAGACCGCGAAAACUUUUAUAUAUGGCUAUUGAUGGAGUGGCGCCAAGAGCUAAAAUGAAUCAACAAAGAUCUAGGAGGUUUCGCGCAUCAAAAGAAACAAAUGAAAAAAUUAUUGAAAUGAAUCGAAUCCGUUCAGAGUUAGCAUUAAAAGGUGCUUAUUUACCUCCAGAAAAACCCAAAGAAGAACAUUUCGACAGUAAUUGUAUUACUCCUGGUACUCCAUUUAUGGCAAGAUUAUCAGCGUGUUUACAUUAUUACAUUCAUGAAAGAUUAAAUAACGACCCUGGAUGGAAGGAUAUCAAAGUUAUUUUGAGUGAUGCAAAUGUACCUGGAGAGGGAGAGCACAAAAUAAUGGAUUUUAUCCGACGACAACGGGCACAGCCUGAUCAUGAUCCUAACACACAGCAUGUUUUGUGUGGAGCUGACGCAGAUUUGAUAAUGUUGGGACUGGCCACUCAUGAGCCUAAUUUUACAAUUAUCCGUGAGGAAUUUAAACCUAACAAACCUCGUCCUUGUGAUAUUUGCGGACAGUUAGGACAUGAAAUGAAAGAUUGUACUGGAGCUGAACCAGAUCAAGCGAAGGAAGUAAUGGCAUUUGGGUCUGAAUGUUCAUUUAUAUUUGUACGGUUGAAUGUUUUACGUGAAUAUUUGGAGCGUGAAUUACAAAUGCCGAAUUUACCGUUCAAAUAUGAUUUUGAACGUGCUGUUGAUGACUGGGUGUUUAUGUGUUUUUUCGUAGGAAAUGAUUUUCUACCACAUUUACCGUCUCUUGAAAUAAGAGAAGGAGCAAUAGAUCGACUUGUAAAUUUAUACAAAAAAACAGUUUACAAAACAGGUGGAUUUUUAACAGACAGCGGUGAUGUUAAUUUAGACAGAGUACAACUAAUUUUAUCAGAUUUGGGUGAAAUGGAAGAUGAAAUUUUUAAAAAACGUCAAGCUAAUGAAAUAGCUUUUAAACAACGUGAAAAGUCAAAAAAGAGACGAUUGGAAGCUAUCAGCAAUUUUAAACCUAGUUGGAUUCCUACUGGUCAAUUCGCCCCGACAAUGGUAGGUCAGAGUGUUAAGCCUAUCCAAAAUGCUCGGCACGAGGCAUAUCAAAUGCGUAUGCAAGGUCGUAAUUAUAAUACAAGUGCCGCUGAACGCUCGUUGGGAACUAUAAAUGCAGCCACUGGAUUACAAGCAAUGAUGGUACCAGAGAAUCAAAAUAAUCAUGGUACUAAACGUAAACGUGAAGAGCCAGAUGAUGAAGAAGAAGAAGAUUACCAAGCUAAUGACGAAGUAAGACUGUGGGAAGAUGGCUUCAAAGAUCGUUAUUAUGAGUCUAAGUUUGACGUCAAAGCCGAAAAUCUUGAGUUUAGGAAUAGAGUAGCACUUCACUACGUCCGUGGUUUAUGUUGGGUUUUACGUUAUUAUUAUCAAGGAUGCGCAUCAUGGAAGUGGUAUUUCCCUUACCAUUAUGCACCCUUUGCCAGUGAUUUUGUAAAUAUUAAUGGUCUCUCAACGGAAUUCGAAAAAGAUACUGUACCAUUCAGACCUCUGGAACAAUUGAUGGGAGUAUUUCCAGCAGCCAGUAGUAGUCAUGUUCCUAAACCUUGGGCAGCAUUGAUGAGUGAUCCUAAAUCAUCGAUUAUUGAUUUCUAUCCGGAAGAUUUUAAAAUAGAUCUUAAUGGAAAGAAAUUUGCUUGGCAAGGUGUUGCGUUAUUGCCAUUCGUUGAUGAAGUUAGGCUAUUCAAAGCUUUAGAACCUUAUUACGAAUGUCUUACUGAUGCUGAAAUAAAACGGAACAUUAGAGGAGAUGAUAAAUUAUACAUUGGCCCCAGUAACAGUGGAUAUGAUUUGAUAAGAGGACUUUAUAAAAAUAAAGUUGACUUCAACACUGAGACUGAAAUAUCAAUUGAUGGAAUGCGAGGUACUGUUUUAUUAGCUGAGGAGUGUGUCAAUGAAGGAGCUACUUUACCUUCACCGAUUAGCGGCUUACCAGUUCGAAAUAAUCAAGUUUAUUGUGUAAGGUUCCGUGAUCCAGCAUUCAGCAGUCAUCAUAUUUUCCCGGCUAAACGACUCAAGGGUGUUAAAGAACCUCCCCGUGUGUUAAAACCACAAGAUUUUGAACAUAUGCAUAAUCGUGAUGGUAAAAAUCCAUGGGUACCAAGAACCGGUUUUUCUGCGCCGACACAUAAAGGUUCAUUAGGCGAAGCAGGACAUCGGAUGCUUGGACAUCAUGUCAAUAGAAACCAAGGACAAUAUUCAGCGGUUCCUGCUCCACAAAAUUCAUACAAUCAGCCUCGUGGAUAUUCAAGUGGUUAUCAAACAUCGUCAGGUCAAAGUGGUUAUUCGAGUUAUUCUGGUAAUAAUUCUGGUCAUCGUCAAAAUUAUCAGUCACGUAAUAACGUUGGACCUUGGGCUGGUGCAUAUGGAAUGCCGACCGCUCAACAAUAUCAACAGCGUUAUCAACAAUCGAAUCAACCGCAGCAGCAGUACAUGCACCAUCAAAAUUCUUACAGAAACAAUUUAAACAAUCAUCAUCAAGCACCGGGUAAUUAUUCCUCAAAUUACAAUCAGGAUAGGAAUAAACCGUACAAUAAUUAUGGCGGCAACGCAGGACACAGGCGUAAUCGAUAAAUAUUAAGUAGCUAUGAGUGCAAUUCAAUGCAAUUUAUUGGUUUGGGUAUCAAGUGUAUUAAAGAAUUGUUUAAUUCGACCGUCUUGGUGAUUUUUUUAAUCAACAACCAGCAAUUGAAUGUUUUCUAAGCACCUUAAUUGUAAGUUAAAUAUAACCAUAUUUUAGGAUUAAGUACAUAUUUGUCCUUCAAUAUUAAGUUUUUAAUUUGUCGAUGUAUAUUUUCAAAAUCGACUAAUCAAGCGUGAAAAUAUGCAUAAUAAUAAAAAUCAAUUUAUUAA